GUUAAUAAAUUCGAGUUCGGUCCGUCUCUUCCGCGAAUACCACGCGGAGACGACGACCUCUCUCGCUCGCGCUUUCUCUCUCUCCCCCUCUCCCGACAGACGGAGAAAGAGUGAGAGAUCGAGAGAAGGGAGAAAUAGAUCUCCGAAAACCCUAACACUAACCCCCAUCGCCAGCGAUUGGAGAUCGAAAUCCGCGGUUCAUGGCGUCCUCGCGGGUGAUGGCGUCCUCCUCCUCGGCGAAUUCCGAUCUGACGCGCCAGUCUUCCAUCUGCUCCCUUCCAGUCACCGAUCUCCAGAGCUCCAUCAGCGGCGGCGGAGAGCUCACCAAGAACCUCGGCUCCAUGAGCAUGGACGACCUCUUCCGCAACAUAUGCGGCGACAACCCCGUGGCCUUCGCAGGCGGUGCGGAGGGUGGAGUCUCGGUGUCCCGGCAGGGUAGCUUCGCGUUUCCGAAGAGCGUCGGCGAGAAGUCAGUGGAUGAGGUGUGGCGGGAGAUCACCGCCGGCCGGAAGGCGGACGGCGGGGACGGACCCGGAUCGGAGAUGACGCUGGAGGACUUCCUGGCGAGGGCCGGGGCGGUGGGGGAGGACGACGUCGGCGUUCCGUCGGGAUCGAGCCAGGUGGCGUUUCAGCCGCAUCCGGUUGUGGGGGAUCGGUUGGGGCAGCCGCAACAGUUGCCCGUGGAGAAUCCUGCUUUGGGGCUUGGGAAUGGAGCGGAGGGUGUUGGAAAGGUAGGGAGAGGGAAGAAGAGAUCGGUGUUGGAUCCGGUGGAUAGGGCUGCGCUACAGCGGCAGAAGAGGAUGAUAAAGAACAGGGAGUCCGCAGCUAGAUCGAGGGAGAGGAAGCAGGCUUAUAUUGCUGAGCUUGAAUCUUUAGUCGCACAGUUGGAGGAAGAAAACGCACAGCUAUUGAGAUCUCAGGAGCAGCAGCAAAAGAUGAGAGUUAAGCAGCUGUCUGGUUGGGCUAGUUGAAUCCGAACUCAAAAGCUAUUUACCCAAGAACAUACUAAAGCUUUUGGAAAACAUAGUACCAGUUACUGAGAUGAAAAAACCACGCCGAAUUCUGCGAAGAACUUGCUCUAUGGAGUGGUAGAGAGAGAGAGAACGAGAGAGAGGGGGUAUCAAAGUUAGACUCAGGAGAUUUGUUUCCAGUGAUCCUUUCGAGUGGAUUUUUUUGCAGUGUAUAAAGAGAACCCAUCCAUCCAGGACAGGUAGUAGAACAACAUUUGGGCGUCAUGAAGGAUGAUGGCUGUGUUAUCAUCUCAUUGUUUAGCUAUAUUAUCUUCAUUAAAAGGAGUGGUAUCGUACAGAAAGAAACAUAAAUAAGCAACAGAUGCUAACCACUCACAAACCCUGACUAUCUGAUUUCUCAAACUUGUUUCCAUGGUUUUAAUUCAAACCCACCCUUUUUAGGUGUCGUUCCUGUUCAGUUUUGGGAGGAUUCCCAGGUAGCUUUCUUGCCCUGUUAUGCAUGUUUGUUCUUCAUUUAUUUUCACCUUAAUAUUUUUAAUAAUAUAGCAUUUUAUGCAAUCUGCUAAUUUCUUGUCACAUUGAAGGUUUUCAUUUUCUAUCCACCUAGUUGGGGCAAUAUUCACCCAAUCAGGACUUUGACAUGUAGACAGCAAUUUGGCAGAAAAAACAAAAAAAA